UUUUUUUUUGGGUAGUGUUAUGUAUAUUCUGUGUAACGAAGAACCAUUCUGGAUGAGCUUGUGUCUCAGAAGAGCUAAAGGUCCUCUUGACUACAAAGGUUCUUGGAAAAAAACUACAUUGCAUCUAGAAGGAGUUGCUCCAGAAAAUGACGCUUACAAGAAACCUUUGCAUUUUGAUGGAUUCAAUUCGUUGUAUUUGUAUAAACGAUUCUAUAGGUGUAAUACAUCUCUUGACGGGUUCUCUUUUGAUGAUGGCAAUGUGGAACGUAGGAGAGAUAUCUCUUUGGAUGAGUUUUCCAAGGAAUAUGACGCCAAGAAACCUGUUUUGCUUUCUGGCCUUGCUGAUUCUUGGCCAGCCAGUAAUACGUGGACAAUCGACCAACUAGUCGAGAAAUAUGGUGAAGUCCCGUUUAGAAUAUCUCAAAGGAGUCCCAACAAAAUUUCCAUGAAGUUUAAGGAUUACAUCUCAUAUAUGAAACUCCAGCGGGAUGAAGAUCCUCUGUACGUUUUUGACGACAAGGUACGAGAAACAGUUUUGUAACUUUAUACAAAACUUUCUUCUCAUCAGGGUCAGAGAGAGUUGUAGCAUAACCCAAACUUCUUAGUGAAAAUAUUUGGCACUUGGAUUU